CGGACCUCGGCGCGCUCCCGGCCGCUCGCGGGCUCCGGGGCCGCGGCGGCUCCUCUGCCGGGUCGCGCCGGACGACGGGCUCCUGGCGGCGGUUGGGCGGCUGCGGACGGACGGGUGGGCCGAGACGCGGGCCCCGCGCCCGCCGCCUCCCUCUUCUGCGAGCUCGGGCCGCGCCAUGGCCGCCUCGCCGGGCUCCGGCAGCGCCAACCCGCGGAAGUUCAGCGAGAAGAUCGCGCUGCACACGCAGCGGCAGGCCGAGGAGACGCGGGCCUUCGAGCAGCUCAUGACCGACCUCACCCUGUCGCGGGUUCAAUUUCAGAAGCUUCAGCAACUGCGCCUGACACAGUACCAUGGAGGGUCCUUACCAAAUGUGAGCCAGCUGCGGAGCAGUGCAUCGGAGUUUCAGCCGUCAUUUCAUCAAGCUGAUAACGUCCGGGGAACCCGCCACCACGGGCUGGUGGAGAGGCCAGCCCGGAACCGCUUCCACCCCCUUCACCGAAGGUCUGGGGACAAGCCAGGACGACAAUUUGAUGGUAGUACUUUUGCAGCCAAUUACUCCUCGCAGGCCCUGGAUGAGAGUUGGCCGAGGCAGCAGCCUCCUUGGAAAGAAGAAAAGCACCCUGGGUUCAGGCUGACGUCUGCACUGAACAGGACCAAUUCUGAUUCUGCUCUUCACACGAGUGCUCUGAGCACCAAGCCCCAGGACCCCUAUGGAGGAGGCGGCCAGUCAGCCUGGCCUGCCCCAUACAUGGGUUUCUGUGACGGUGAGAGUGAUGGGCACGGGGAAGUAGUGUCUUUCCCUGGCCCGCUGACAGAAGAGAAUCUGUUAAGUGUUCCAAAGCCACUGCCAGAACAACUGUGGGAGACCACGGAGAUUCAGUCCCUGUCAGGGCGCCCUCGAUCCUGUGAUGUCGGAGGUGGCAAUGCUUUUCCACACAAUGGUCAAAACAUAGGCCUCUCACCCUUUUUGGGGACCCUGAACACUGGAGGGUCGUUGCCAGAUCUAACCAACCUCCACUACUCGGCGCCCCUGCCAGCCUCCCUGAACACCAGUGACCACGUGUUUGGUAGCAUGAGCGUGGGGAAUAGCGUGCGCAACCUCCCAGCUGCUAUGACUCACCUGGGGAUAAGAAGCUCCUCUGGUCUCCAGAGUUCUCGGAGUAACCCCUCCAUCCAAGCCACGCUCAAUAAAACAGCGCUCUCCUCUUCCCUGAACAGCCACCCGCAGACGUCUGCGGCCAGCACGUCUGCUCUGCACCCCUCGCUCCGCCUGUUCUCCCUGAGCAACCCCUCUCUCUCCACCGCAAGCCUGAGCGGCGCCCCCCGGCGCAGGCAGCCCCCCGUCAGCCCUCUCACGCUCUCCCCUGGCCCUGAGGCUCAGCAGGGUUUCGGCAGACAGCUCUCUUCAACCAGCCCGCUGAACCCCUAUCCUGCCUCCCAGAUGGUGUCCUCAGAUCGAAGCCGGCUUUCUUUCCUGCCCACGGAAGCCCAAGCCCAGGUGUCCCCGCCGCCCCCUUACCCCGCGCCCCCGGAGCCCCCUCAGCCUCUCCUCCAGGAGGCCCCCGCCCAGCAGCCCCAGGCAGCCUCGGCGCUGCCCCGGUCCGACUUCCAGCUUCUCACAUCCCAGGGCUCGUCUUUGACCAACUUCUUCCUGGAUGUGGGCUUUGACCAGCAGUCCGUGAGGCCGGGCCCAGCCUUUCCUCAGCAGGUGCCCCUGGUGCAGCAAGGUCACCGAGAACCGCAGGACUCGUUUCAUUUGAGACCAAACCUGUAUUCCAACUGUGGAAAUUUCCCGAACGCCAUCCUGCCAGAAGACUCGAGCACCAGCCUGUUCAAAGACCUGAGCAGCGCGCUGGCCGGCAUGCCGGAGGUCAGCCUGGGCGUGGACACCCCGUUCCCGCUGGAGGAGGAGCUCCAGAUCGAACCCCUGAGCCUGGAUGGACUCAACAUGUUAAGUGACUCCAGCAUGGGCCUGCUUGACCCCUCUGUUGAAGAGACAUUUCGGGCUGACCGACUGUGAACAGAAUGUGACCAAACCGGAGAAUUGUUUUCUGAAACAGCCAAAAUAGAAUGGAAUAGAAUGGAGCCAGCUAGCACCCCUGGGCUUUAGUUAUCUUGACAUGGAAGGAACCAGUUCCACAGCUCCAGGCUUUCGGAUGAGGUCCCGUCUCAGACGCUGUGGCUUUUUCUAGACCACAGAGCUACGUACUGCCUCCCAGGCCCGUGCCAGAAGGAGCGUCAGGCUGCUGUGGAGCUGCCACCGCCAGCUCCGUGCCAUUCCUCCUUUUUAUUGGCCAUGCAGUCCGCCAGCGCGUAAAAAUAGAAAACGACCCGUCACCGGAGGCCUCAGGAGCGUGGAUAGCGCUCAGAACCACUGAUCCGUCAGCACUGCAGACAGGAUCCCGGGGCGGGGUGGCCGGGCCGGCCUGCAUAGGUGGCUUGGCCUCAAGCAGCGGGACGGAACUGCAGACGCCGUCUGGGCCUGACUGUGAGGGCGAGGCACCAUCCAGCUGGGGACGUCCCGGGGCCCAGUGGGGAGCCCGAGCACGGCUCUCUCAGGUGCCCCGAUCAUAACAUGAAGACAUUUUACCACAAGUCGGAGGGCAGGCUCGAGUGAGGCCACCUGAGUGUAAUUUGUCUCCCGGUUUGUAAUCUUGUUUCUGCUGCUUCACUACACCUUUUCCUUACGGACGGGAGGAGAAGGAAGACUGUCUUAUCCAGUCACUGAAAAAGGCUCCAGUGGCAACGGUGAGCCUGCAGAGAACGGUGCUCCUGCUCGGUAGCUGGGGAGGACAGCGGGGCUGGCCGGGGGCUUCAGGGAUCUCACAGGCACACGGCAUCUUCCAGACAACACCGGGCAAGGACAAGGACAGGCCACCCUCCCUAAGACCGGUGGAGGGAGCCCCUGGAGGCCCUGAGCAGACCCGGCAGCUGAGCUUCCCUGUCCCCCCCCCCCCGAGCUGUUUCUCUGUGGACUAGGGGUGUGAUGUCACCCCACUAGACCGUACUCCCUGAGUGGGGACAGUGCCUUAUUCCUUAUUGAAGCCCUGGUACCUAACAAGUGCCUGGCAGCGCGCUCUGGUGUGCCCGAGUGCGCGCUGCGUGACUGCGUGUGGAAUGCAUGAAUGUGUGAAUGAAUGAAUGAGCCUGCCUUGCUGCAGGGCGGUCUGAUCUGUAGCUAUCCCACCCCUGCCAGAGCCUCUCGGAGCUUUACUCUCCUAACACUUGUGCCUAUGGCGAGCACGCACUUUAAUAUGCUUUUAGCAUUGGCGACCAAACUGCGAUCCAGCCGGGCCCGUCUGCUCGGGGCUGUGCUCCACGGCAAGGAGGGGGAGGCCGUCUCUGAGUGGGGCCUCCCAGUGCUGCGGCCGGAGGGACCCUGGCCAGGCCCCCACCUUGAGAGAUCUUCCCUUUCAGAUCCAUGUUUUACUCUAAAUUGCUUUCAGUAGAGAUUCAUUCUUUGAGGCUGAAGAAAUAGUUUACAGUAUAAUGAAGCCCCAGUUCAUGGAACCAUCAUUAGUCAUUGAUACCUUACCAUGAAAUAGUCUGACCGGAUUCCACCACUGUCUGCCUCCCCACGCUGGGCUAGGCCUGAGCAAGAAACCCGCCGGCAGGUCUGAAGGGGGCGGAGUGCUGAGGGCAGCUCUAGGUGAGGAGAAGGUGGCGGGGGUGCGGGGGGCGAGGAGAACCCCGAUGGAAAGAUGGAAGAUGCCGGAACCUCUGCCUGGACAGCCGCUGCCCUCUCGGGAUCCCAGGUGUGUUGCUGAGUGUCGCUGGACUGCCCCCGCCCAGAGAGGCAGGUCUGCACGAUGAAGGUCUGAACCUGACACAUCUGUCCCUUACAGCAAGAAGAGCCUUUGUCACCAGACCUGGGCUGCAUAGCCUUUCCAGACCUCGUCCCACUUCGCUUCUGCCCUCAGAGGCCUUAUUUCUGACCUUCAUGUCACCCCCGGGGCGCACCACUCCCCCUUCCUCUGGACGCCAAGUGUUCCGGUUUCACAUCUGCCCCGAGCCUUCAGUGCUGAAUGGUGAAAUCAAACGCGAGUCCUCCUUGCCUGAUUUCUGGCUCAGGAAGGGGCUUCUGGCCUCCCUUUGCAGCCUCAUCCCCAGUUAAACGUUCAGAUCCCUUUAUGCUUGAGAUCUCAGAGGGGGGUGACUUUUUGUUAAAGUAAAAGGGCCUUUAGCUGCAAUGCUCCCCAGCACCCCCGUGUGCUGAAAGAAGCCAGCUCUUGUGUCAAAGGCCCCAAAAUCUGAUCUCGCCCUUCAGCAGGGAGUGGUGCUGAUGUUGUCAGAGUUUUAAUUUUUGAAAAAGAGGUUGCAGCAUUAUCCAUGCUUCCCAUAGUGCCUUACCCGUGGGGAUCAUGGUGCUGGGGUCCUAGCUCACUUUGUCUGCAUAGCAUCCCUGCCUGACAACAGGAGACCCCAAGACCUACACGAGGCAUUGCCGCCCCCCUCCCCAGGCAUUCUCUGGGGCACCGUGGAAAUGGAGGCUUCCAGGGGAAGUGAUCUGUUUGGGGAAGUAUACUGAUGACAAUGUGCUUCAGCACUGAAUUAAAUUUGUCCAUAGGUCCUUCAGUCCAAUCUUUUCUUGUGACAAGGUUGUGGACAUUAUACAACCCACCUUGCCUAGGUGGUGUCGGGGACACGCCAGGGGGGACAGUGUGGCCCUAACCCUUCAGCAGGUAAGCCUGCACUCACUGCUGCCUUUGUAACAAGCCUGCCACGGUCCUCUGCCUUUGAAGGUGCCACACACUUCAGAAUAAACUAUCUUUCAAUACUUAGUUUUGUCACAAGAAAUCGAUCGUUGUACUACUGCCAUUUGCUAGCAGUUACACAGCAUAGAACUGAAUGCCUAUCUGUGUUUCCAUUUUGUCCCUCGUAUGGUUGUGGUUUUUAGGAUGCAGGGUGUUAGGGGAAAAUUUUCUUGAUGGUGUCAAGAUGAACAUAAAUUCUCCUUCAUCCUGUUGCAUCUCUCCUAAGUCUACUGUAUAUUACCUGAGCUGAGACAUUGUAUAUUCCAGUCUGUUCACGUAUUUGAGGACGAUUCCCGUCUGACUCUUGUUGGCUCUUCUGACUUCUGCACAGAUGGUUCCAGUGCGUUUCCAUUGCUUCGUGAUGGGACCAUCGCAGCAGCUGAUCAGACUUCCUGCCCGUGUCCUAACUCCCAGGGCCCCCUGUUAAACAAUAUUUAAGGAUUGGAAUUUGUACAAAGUAGCCUCCAAGUUUUAUAAUGCAUCAUUUUACAACUUUGAUAAUUAAAAGCAGCACAAUAAGGUUGUAUCUGCA